GUGGUGUCGGCCAUAUUGGAAUAAAAGUAAACAGAGUUUUCGGCAUUGCAUGCAGAAAAAAACUGAAAAUUUGUGUUGAACAACGAAGAUUAGGGAGACAUCCCUUAAUAUGACUUCAAACGAUUAUCUAGAGACUCGUAUUCUGCAAUAAGAAAGAAUAUUUAUUUGUUUUCUUGUUGCAGAAGGAAUCGAUACUCGAGCUGAACCAUGAACUCACAAAACUUGUUUCAGAGGCUCUGCCCGAUCUUUUGUGUUUUUAGUCUCGCACUAUCGUUUCAAACAAGUGCUGGUUCAACUAUUGAAGGAAAGACCCCUGAAGUGCCAAAGUUACGCUGUGUGGUGUAUAAAGAUCAGUGUAACAGUAGUAUAGAGCACUGUGACACAGUUCAGGAAUGUGACUCAGAAAUGCCACACUGCUUCUCAGCAUGGCACAAUACCUCCAAUGGCAUAGACAUUAUGAGACAGGGCUGCUGGGCAGACAGGGACAUGUGUGAUCAGGAGAACUGUAUCCAGAGUCAAAAGAUCACAAGCGUGAACUUCUGUUGCUGUAACAAGCCGUUAUGUAACCAGGACAUCACACCGAUGAACUACCCUCCAACAUCUACACCCAGCACCACAGGUACAGAUACCUCAUCUACCAAGACAAAUCCUCCAGAGGACAAGUUGUUGAAAACUCUACUCUACUCUAUUGUUCCUAUCAUCGUGCUCGUCAUAAUCAUCAUCGGUGUCUUUUUCAUGUGGAGAUUCUACUUCAAAGAUAACAGAUACAUGCAGCAUCACCAACUGUCCACUGGGGACCCGGAGCUUGAUCUGCCUCCCUCACCACACCCUCUGCGGCCAGUACAACUGGAAGAGGUCCGUGCACAUGGCCGUUUUGGUGUUGUUUGGAAAGGAAUCAUGAGCGACCAAAGUGUUGCUGUUAAAAUCAUGCCGUUUAAGGAACGCUCAUCUUGGAUGACAGAACAGGAGAUAUAUAAGCUACCUCACAUGAAGCACGAAAAUCUACUCACGUUUAUUGGUGCAGAAAAGCGUGACGAGAACCUCUGGUUGAUCUCGGUCUUCCAUGAGUACGGAUCACUCUCCGACUACCUCAAAGGCAACACCAUCACCUGGAGUGAGCUCUGCAAGAUUGCAGAAACCAUGACCAAUGGCCUGGCAUAUUUGCAUGACGAGAUCCCAGCAGCUCGUGGGCAAGAAGGAAAGCCAUCUAUAGCUCAUCGGGACUUCAAGAGCAAGAAUGUGCUCUUGAAGGAUGACUUGACAACCUGUAUUGCAGACCUUGGUCUGGCAAUCAAGUUUGAACCAGGCAAAAGCCCAGGAGAGACCCAUGGCUUGGUUGGGACAAGGCGUUACAUGGCGCCAGAAGUUUUGGAAGGUGCAAUCAGUUUUAAUAGAGAUGCUUUCUUGCGUAUUGACAUGUAUGCAUGUGGCCUCGUCCUGUGGGAACUCAUGUCACGGUGUUCAGGGUCAGAUGGUCCAGUUGAAGACUACCAGUUGCCAUAUGAGGAGGAGAUAGGCUCACAUCCAACCCUAGAAGAUAUGCAGGAGUUGGUGGUGAUGAAGAAAAUUCGUCCCAGCGUUAAAGAUCAUUGGAUGAGACAUGUGGGGUUGGAAGCUCUGAUCCCAACUAUAGAGGAGUGCUGGGAUCAGGACGCGGAGGCGCGUGUGUCUGCUGAUUGUGUCCAUGAACGCCUCCUACAGAUUGGCCGCACACUCAACGUAUCUAACUCAACUAACCACCUACUCAGUCAGGAAACAACCCACUACCAGAUAUCCACCAUCUCAUCGUAGCUCAAACUUGGCCAAAAAAUGGGGAGGGAAAAGUAACAGCAGAGAUUGAAUGCUGGAGGGACAGCGAGACGCAGUGCAAGUCCGUGGGAAGGGCAGUACAUUACAUUACACAUAUAAUGGGGAGGGUUUGGGAAUGGCAGUGCAAGUCUUAUGGGAAGGGGUUGGGAAGGGCUAUAUCGACAGUGCCGGGGAUGGGGAAGGGCAAAAUCGAGGGUUGUAUGCAGUGAAAAAUGACACUACAAUAUUACAUACAUAUAUAUAUAGAGCUUCUCAAAUCAUAAUGCUAUGGCGAGAAAAGACGCUUUGAUAAGAUAUAGAGUUUUGUGAUUUAGUCGUUGUGAAAAUUCUGAAAUACAUCCCACCUCAGGAGCUGUGUAUGACACUGGGAUCACGCCUCGUGUUAUACGUAGAGGAGACGGAUAUAUAGAAGGCUGACACAGAUACAAGGUAGAGCAGGUAAUCUUGAUCUACGGACAGGUGGGCCAUAAGGGACAUGAGGAUUAUAACUGUUGGAUAAAAAAGCAUUUCUGAAGAGUAAUAUUCUUUGUGAUGGAAGUGAAAAACAAUCGUUCAGCACAAGUAUCUACAUAUUAAUCAUUUAUUGUCUGUCGUGUUAAAUUUUGAAGUUUCAUGAUGUAGAAUUCAGGCCAGUGUUUUCACCUCGGUGAAAAAUUAUGUUAGUCACUCCUGAUUUAAGAGGUAAAAAGUGCUUUCAGCCAUAUUAAGAACCAAACCUGUCUACACAUGGAACUUCAAAGUUGUUCAGGAUCAUUCAACCGUGAUCAUAGUAUUGUUUAAGAAUCACCGAUUCAACAUUAAGCAAUUGUUCAAUUGUUUUUUAACCUGUUGAACAAGCGUUCCUAGACGUGUCUGGGUAUUGGAACACACAGGUUUCUACUGUUGAUGUACUGUUAUAUGUAUUUGUGGCCGAGUUGAAUCAUGGGUUUUGUUAUAUGUGUUUGUUUCUGGUAUAUCAUCCAUGUUUUCCUCGACACCCAUAGACCUAUGUAUCUAGGCUCUCUAUUGUGUGAGAAUUGUCCUGUUAUAUCAUUUAUUUCAAUUAAACUAGUGCAGACUAAACAUAUUUAGACAUUUGAAAGUCAGGUAUUACAAAUUUUGCCAAAAGAUGUCUGUUAUGGACGUAACUCUUACACAGUCUGCUGUCUACUUUUUCAUGGCAGCAUUGGUAAUUGAUUGUGUCCUUUUCGUACGAAGUAGGUCUGCAUAGAGGAAGUGAAGACUCCCAGGUAUGAUAUUGUGAUAGAAUACAAGGGGAGAUGACUUUACAUUGUUUACUUCAGAAUCAUGAGUGCUCAUCAUAGUCGUAGUCAUCAUCAUCAUCAUCGUCAUCAUCGUCAUCAUCGUAAUCAUCAUCAUCAUCAUCAUCAUCAUCAUCAUCAUCAUCACUGAUAUUUGACAUGAAUACCUCAUACAUCUACCUAUGAUAUAAAAAAUGUGUAUUUCUCUUUCGAUUGCCCCUCCUCCCAUCAACCUCGCCAAUGUGACUAGUAGAACAUCGUCAGAUGAUAAAAUCCUUUUCUUGGAGCUCAACCUGCAUCUAGUUGUGUAAACAUGUAAAAUAUGUAAUUAAUAUGUACAGGUUUUGUUUAUUUCUCCUGUCUGGUUAAAAUCAGAAACUUAUUCAGUUUUAAAUAUACCUCGUGUAAAUGGCAUAAUUAUAUACCUCAUGUGAUGAAUUCGAAACAGAUUUACAAUAUAUAGAUGUUUGUAAAUCAGAUACACUGUAGUUUCAUGAAUUAGAUAUAAAUUGAUAAAAGAAAAGUUUUUUAUUAAAUAUUUUCUUUGGGAGAGUAAUUAUACUAAUCUUGGUUGAAUAAGACUAAGGUACCUGGAGUGCAUACACAGCUGAAACCUAACUUCAGAAAGGAAAAUUUCAAAAAAAGACCAAGCAAAGAAUGAAAAAUCUAUUGUUAAAUAAACAUAUUAAUAAACAUAAUUAACCAGCAUGUGAACUAGAUUGUACUGAUAAAUCUGAAAACACCCAUGUACAUUUUUACCUACAAUCAAAUUCUAAUGUGUAUUGAAGCCAUUUAUAUUAAAGUAACUACAUGUAUUUUUUUCUGACUUUAACCAGACACGAAAAUCACCCUCUUCCCUUAUUCCAGCUUUAGACAUUUCAACAGAUCUCCAACAACGAUAUGAGUUUCAUGUGUGAAGAUGUUUUUUCGUUGUUGGGGAAUAGAUGUCUACAGAUGGAUGUUUGGGACCCUUGUAUAUUUGUUUAUUCAUGAAAACGUAAUUUAUUUCUUCAGCAUUGUAUAUAGUAACAGAAGAGAGGCUAAAAUGCAUAGCUAGUACUUGUUUGAUGUUUAUUGUACUAAGUUGUGUCACAGAGCUCACGCUGUUUAUAACGAUAACAAUUGCGAUCGAUGGUUAUAUCCUAGACAUAGUUAUGUGUUCUUAUUUCAAACAAAAUGCAAAAUUGAAAAUGAAAAUCUUAUCAAGCAAAAUGUUAAGUUUUAACAAAGAACAUCCUUCAAUUUAGGAAUAUCCUUUAACAUUGUUUGUCAAACUGGGGCUACAUGUAUCACAAUUUAAUUUUUUGCGUAGAAUUGACAAAAGAAAAAUGACACAAAUAUGUACUGGAGAUGGUAUUAUGUGUUUGUUACUACUUUAUUAUUGUCUUGAUACAAUGCUAUGAAAAAGGGAUUCAUUAUCUAAUCUGAAUAACAUUAUUGUAUGAAUUUUCAUUAUAUCACUGUUAAAAAAAACUUAUAUUUAUGCAGUUGAAGUCAAAUGAUGGUGUAAAUUAUGUCGUACUUUGUUUAGAGCUGUGUUCAGUGUUUUGAAUUAUCACACAGUUACCUCCCCUUAAAACUUUACACACCGAUGGAUCAUAGCAUAUACGUCUUGCAGAAUGAAACGAGAUUGUGACUGUAGGUCGCCUUGCUAUGAUUGUCAUAUAUAAAUUACCAACAUCAAGUAAUCUUAACUUAACCAUACUAAAGUAAAAAGCAAAAACUAAUUUUUGAGUUUUCCAUACUAAAGUAAAAAGCAAAAACUAAUUUCUGAGUUUUCACUGUAACACAGAUGCUGGUAUGAUACAUUUUACUUAUAUCUCUUUUUUGAAACGGCCUUGUACAUUGUAGAGCUUAUAAGACAAUUUGAUUUUCAGACUAGUAAUCUAAAAUCUACAACAUAGAAAUAAAUAUUCAUUGAAUUACGAAGAAAAAAAAAUAGCUUUAUGAAUCUCUGGAAAUGUUGAAUAUAAAGAAAUUCUGCCUGUGAAUUAUCACUGUUGUGAAAUCUUUUCAGAAGUUUAGUAAAAAAUUCUUUACAACUUUAGUUUAAGGCAAUAACGUGCACUAAAAGGAGAAAAAAAGCACCAUUGUAGAUAUGUCUUAAGUUGUUUUAAUAGAAAGCAACACAAAAUGAAGGGAAUAUGCAGAUAACAAAUAACCAUUAGAUACAAACAAAUGCUUAUAUACAACUUAAAAGAAGCUUUUCAUUUUAACUUUCCCUGAAGAUUUUCAUCGCUUUUGCAUAAUGUUUUCUGUAAAUGUUUAUAAAAUGUGUUCCCAAAAUUGGUGAUAGGCUUAUUUCAACACUUUGAUUUAGCUGUACUGGUAACCACAGGCAUAAGCUCCAAAUCUAUGGUCCCUUAUGAUAUAUUUAAAAAUUACUGUGAGCUGUGUUUUAAGAACAAGCCCAAAGAUGAAAAUUGUUACUUUGUAUAUAGAGGAAGGUUUUAAAUUAAAGAGAAAAUUGAUUAUUGAUAUUGGUGUAACAACAUUGAGCCAGACAAGAAAAUUUGUGAAAUUGGUCGUUCGUCUAUACUGUCCUUAGUUUUUUUAUGUGGGCAAUUUCUGUGGAAUAUCAUACAGCAUCAGCAUUAGUGUAAUAUGAUUGUAAAGUUAUCAACUGUUAUAAACAGAUAAUUGCUCAGCUUGUAUCUCAGGAAUAUCAUACCAGCCUCCAACACUUCUCAACCACAGCUUCAUAAUUUUACUCAAGGGUGAUGUCCCCUUCGAAUUCCACCUUUUGGCAAGAAAAAAAAAACGGGGACAUGAAUGAACCAUCCAUGGAACAUAACUUCACUUUAAAUUGAUGUGUCAUUCGGUUUCAGCAAAAACCUCACUACCUCUACAUACUCUUCUAAAUUAUAGACUUUCGGUACUUCUGGAGCAUCAGAAAAGUUCUUUUCACCAUAGGAUGGUAGGUGUACAUACAUGAAGGAAUUCAAAUGAGUGAAAGUGUAAUCGACUUUUUAUUUUAUUUUAUUUUAUUUUUUUUCAAAAUUAGUUAGAACAUUUGUAUAGGCUUUGUACAAAGAACUAUAUGAUAACUUAUCUAUUCUUUUCUGAUCCCACUUUGAGCAGACCCAACUGAAACUGAUUUAAAAACCGAGAAAACCUAGCUGUACUUUGUGUGAUAAAGUGUAUAAAUUAUUAUUUUAAUUUCAUGACUGAUAACAAAAUAGCAUACUAGUACCUGUAAAACGUUUCAAUUAAUUUGAAUUCACAGAUGUUUUUGUUUUAGUGAUUUGUUAAUUGAUAUUAAAUCUCAGGUUUAGAAUUUUAAAUGUAUAAUUUCAAAUUACUCAACUAAGCAUAUUAAUGUGGCCUUAUGUACAUCAAAUGUACAAUAAAAUCACGGCAGUUAAUUUCUCCUUUUGUGGCCACACAAAACCUAUCACAGCAGCAAGGGCAGCACUACCUUUUGUUUAGAUCGAUUAAAGCCAAUCUUUUUGAUUGGCUGUGACAUAACUUAAAGUCAAGGAGUGCCGUUGAUUGAAGUCAAGGUUAAGAACGGCUGUGGCAUAGCUUAAAGCCAACGUUUUUGAUUGGUUUUGUCAUUGAUUAAAGCCAAGGACUUUGAUUGGCUGUGACAUUGAUUUAAGCUAAGGAGUUUGAUCGGCUGUGGAUACUGAAAUUAAGUUCAAAACUUUAUGGAGAGGAAAUGAACCUUCAAUUGUUUUGUUUCAGACAUGCAUUCCUUGAUGAAAUCCAAAUCUAAAAGGAAUGACCGUGUUGUUCGGGUAUGGAUAUGGUUUUGUAGAUACGCUGUUGUAGGCUUGACGUCGAGAUCUUGCACAAACUGAGCAGCUUUAUGACUGAGCAAAAUCAUGUGAUGCCCAUUGCUUAUAACUUGAGGACAUUGAAUGUGUAGGUCCUUGUCCUCUUUAGAUCAUACAUUGUGCCGUGUCAUAUUCUGUAUUUCUGCAGCAAAUAAGUGUUAAGGUGGGAAGGACUUGUGUUAUAUACAUUUCAAGAGGAGUCCUUUUACAAAAGCUUUGAUCAUGAUUUUGUGACUGUUUAAGAUAUCUUGUUUAAAAUGUAAUCAGAAAUUCAGUAUUUGACUGUAUGUUAAUUGUGGGAGGAUGGCGGUUGAUUUCAUUUUAAUCAAAAGUAAAUGUCCAUGAAGAUCAUAAUUAUCCUGUUUUCAUUCUCACAUGCUAUUGUACUAUUUAUCAGGUUCUUGUAGCCAACCAUGUCUUGUUAUAAAACAUGUACUGCCACUAGUAUUGUCACUCAUGACCCCCAUACUUAGACGAGUUCCUUAUUGUGUUGAUAAACUAGUUCUGUCUAGUUGAUUUUAACCACCAUUACGGUACUGAUUUCUUAAAUAAUCAUUUUUAAUUGAUGUAUGUUCUAUUUUUUUUAACAAAAUAAAGUGCUUUUCAUUUGCACCACAGUUAAGUGGGUAAUGGUUGGUUUUCAGCAUAUACAUGUUUAUUAUAUUAACCUGUAGAGCCUUACUCACAAUGCAGACCGAUAUUGUGACAGUCAACCCGGUGACAAGUAUACAUUAUAAUCAUUAAAAACAUAUUUUCAAUAUUAUACAAAUACAAUUGAAAAAUAACAUUUUUAAAUUGUUUUAGAUAUGAAUUCAAAAGUUGGAAUAUCUUGAUACUUAAUAUUGUCAUUUUACUGCAAAAUUCUUUUUUUUAAUUUUUUUUUACUGCAAAUUUUUUUAAAAAUUUUUUUUAACAAGAAAGAAAAUCCUACUUUUAUCAUUUCUCUUUAAGUUUAAAUUUGGUUUUAAUUUUCUGUGUAUAAAAAGAAAGACAAUCAAAAGUUAACAUUGAGUUAUAAAUAAUUAAGGAAUGGGUCCUUCUUUGUCUAAAUAGUUACUGUUCAGUUCAUUCUGUUCCGUGAAACCUUGUUAUUAAAUAUCGCUUUUGCUGCCAUGAGAAUGACCUUGGAACAUGAUGGAGAUUAUAUUUUUGAUACAAAAAAGGCAUUGUCAUGGCAACAGAUUCGUGCUUAUUUAGUUAAAUAUUUCUCAUAUUGAAGCAAACCUGUUUCUUUGAUCUGUGCACCAAUUAUUGAAGACCAAAGAAAUUCAGAAAGUUGGUAAUUUAUAUUGGAAGCGUUAUGUAAAUAAAUGUCCGAUUAUACCUCGUGUACGUAGAUAUUUCUUUUGUGACAAUAUGACCUCUCCACACUUAACACUGCUGUAACUGGGGGCAAAAACAUGUUCCCCUUCCUGUGUGUUGUGUUUUAUUACUGUUCUAAUGUAUCUUACAUUUACGUCAGGAAGCUGCAGGCCAGUAGAUAUCAAGUUGUUGAUUUUAACAGAAAUGAAUUUUAGUAAAAUAGAAAUAAGUUGAAACAUGGUUUGCCAUAUACAGGAAACUAGAAAGGGAUGUCAACUAAGUCAUCUUUGACUAGUGAAAUGAGGGAGAAAUUCUGGGUUGUCGACUAGGUCGCUGAUGGGGAGAAAUUUCUGGGACUUGGUCAUUGACUGGUGAAUGAAGGGGAGGGGGUUAGUUCUGGAGUUUCAUAAUUCUUUUAGAAUACGCACAUUGAAUGUGAGUUAUUAAUUUUACUAUUGUAUUUUUAACAAUGUUAUUUUUUUUAAGAUAAAAAGAUAUGGUCACUUUAAAUGAAAUAAUGUUCACCCGUUCAAUUUAAAAAAAAAAAAUGUAUCAUUUGAACAAAUGGAAACAUAAUAAUGAUAUCAGGUUUGCAGUCCUUUGAAAGGAAUUGUUUUAAUGUAAUUUUUAUAUAUUUCCCCUUCACAAUUGGUGUUGAAUUCAUCCUAUUGUAUUUGUUUUCUUCUUGAGAUAUUGGUCAAUAAGAAAUUGUAAAGAGGAAUUACUUUAAAACGGGUAUUUAUCAUGAUGUAUAGGUCCUUAUGUGACAACAUGUUUCUCGGUGUAAAAUGGCUGUUCUCUAAAUUUGUGGGGUCUUAUAGAAAAUUCAGUUUGAUUUUAGUACAUGCUGGGAUUUCAUCCUGAUAGAGAUGGCUUCACUUGUUUGGGAGAGAUUUGUGAUUCUAAACCAACCUGUUAUUUGAUCAUGUGAAAUAUGAUAACAGGGCCUUGCACAGUUGGCAUUAUGAGCUAUUUUUACUUUUUGUUCCUGUUAAUUUUGUUUUUAUCAAACAUGCCGUACAUAGCACUUUUCGCGUCACAUUUUGCCCUCCUGUAAUGGCGGACCUGUAUAAUUGUCGACCUGCGAAAGUUGACCCCCUCGUGUACAGUCUUAGUUCUAUGUACUGCGUGUAUUAUAUAGGGGUUGGCAGGAUUAUAUAUGUUUACCUUGUAGUAGAUACUUGUUUAAAUUUGUGAAUAAUAAAGUACAAACUACUCAUAA